CUCUGAUGACUCAGCGACACUCAGCGAGGCUUCGUUGGCUUCGUUGGCUCCGUUGGCUCCGAUAGCACCCGGCUCGUGUCCAGAGCUCCCGUUCUCAUCAAACCAGCCGUCUCCAAUCGAACCCAGUACACUUGCUUGCCCCAAACCUCUGACAUCCAUCCAUCAUCUGCUCCUUCAAAAAGGAACGAUUCAAUGAAGUCCAAGAGCCAGGAUUACGCAGCCUAUCGACGUGAGCGGAACCGAGAGGCCCAGCGGCUGCUUCGAGCACGGCGCACCGAAGAAAAGCACGAUAAUAUCCGACUCCGACGAGACAUUGUGCUCUACGAAGAGCAGCUCGCCAAGCUCAUCGAGUUCAUACAGGACGUGGCUCACCACCUUGAUGAGGAGCCUGCACUGGAAGCUCGAGACAGCCGGACACCCGCUUGGUCUGAACAGAGGACGAGCCUCGCCAAUGCGGCUGCGGGACUUCUCAGUGACCACAAAGACUUUGCGCUUCGUUUGUCUGGAACAGCGACCAACUCGGCAUCGGUCACCGAGGCUUCGGCAUCCACCUCGGCAGCAUUGCCGACAUCCUCAGCGACACUGGUGCAGGCACCAGAGUUGACUCUCACUGCUGCCGCUCCGAUAUCGCCCAACCGAGCCCUGCCGCCGAGUGGGUCGUCAAGUCCCCGAGACUCAUAUUCCGGCACCAUCCUGCCUCCUCGUUCGCCAAAGCUAUCUCGUGGCGGCCUACCUGUCGACUCAAGAGGGGAGCCCCAUAUGGCCGAAUACGAUGGCCGCAGCUGGUCCUCCGAGCCCGACGAGCGCCGCUCGCAGCCUCAUGCGCCGGCGAAGCGUUCAUUCCCCGGAAUCGGAUCCUUCAAAGCCGAUCCAGUCCACCCACGACCACCGCCGUUCUUGCGGAGACGGACGCUCGAUGACCCAUCGGACCCAGCGUCGUCCCGGGCCGCCUCGUGCCUGCUGCAGAUUGCGACCAUCGGCCGGUCAAGUGGCUCGCCAUGCGACAUCCAUCCGUCACCAGACCUGUCGGCAUUCCAUCCCUCGGCAUCCUCGUCACCUUCGGGCUGCUCAACCACUUCGUUCCAGCACCCGAGCCAUGGCUACGAGUCCAGUCGAGCCAGACAAAAUGCAUCGGGCUGUUGUCGGUCGGGCACCCCCAUGCCUCGAGAUCUCGCCUCGGCCUAUCCGUACACAUCUCCGGACAGCCGGAUGUCGCUUUCUCCGGCUUCGACAGCAUGCUGCCCUCCAACGCCCACUGGAUAUACGCUCUCGGCUCGCCAGCCGCAUGCAGCUCCAUCGGCGCGCAACACUCUGUCGCAUAGAUUUCCCCACCAAGGCGGCUCGCCAAUCAUGCUGCCGCUACCACUUCAAUCGUCGGAAUCGCCCCUCGGUGGUUUCUCGGAGGCGCCCUCUCGCUCACUGUUCACACCCAGACAGUCCGAUGCCCAUGCCUCGGGAACAUUUGUACGGCCACCCGCCCCACCUCCUCCGCACGAUCAGUAUCCGGCAAACUCGAGGCCAAGCAACUUGGAGUUCCGCGCAACUCGCUCAAGCCACUCGUCCUCAGACCACCCAUCCACGAGCCGAUAUCCUCCGGCCUCGGGGACGCAAUGUCCUCCCAGCAGUGGCUCCUGCUGUGGGUCGCCAUCGCAGCCCCGAUCGAGCUUGACCGAUGUUGUGGAAUGCGCCAACACUAUGCCGUGCUAUGCACUCGCCGACAAGAUCCUCCGUUCCGGCCACCGCAUCGACAUCCAGACGUUUUGUGAGGAUAUGAAAGAGCGGGCGUACUGCUACGGUGAUCCCUGGAACCCAAAAGAUUGGGUGAUCCCCCCGGAUAUCCUGGAGCGAUACCCGGAGCUGAAGUGACCGGAUCGAAACGGCCGGACCGUCAUGUUGCCGUGCGUGUCGCCGGCCCUCUGUUGCUGACCGAACGGCGGUCGCCUCGGU